AUGGCCUCUGUCCCAUCCGACAACCCUGCCGCCGUCACCGUUCACGGUCUCUCCUAUCCCCCCGCAUUCCUCUCCUCGCUCCCCGUCCUCCUCCCUCGACCCUCUCCCCACACUCCCAUCCGCGCCCUCUCUGCAUCCCAAUUCGCCGAUCUCCAUCUCCGCGCCCUCCUUUCUCAUGCCCCCGACGCUGCUCUCUUCCCCUUCCUCCACGGCCUCGAGGGCGACAACGAGGCCCAAAACCUCUUUUUCGCCUCUCCCCGCCAUGCCCCUGGCUCCGUUCCCGUUCCCACAUUCCGUGGUCUCGUUUGGGUCGCCGCUGACGACGAUGACGACGACGACGACACAAAUCCUGCUUCCUCUCGCAUCGCUUCCGCGUUUGCGUCCGACGACGACGACGACGACGACGAUGAGGACUUUGAUGAAGACUUUAGUUCGUCCGACCUCGAUGCGCCGGACCCCGCACGCAGCAGCUCCUCUAGCAGCGCCGCUUCCUCCCUCUCUGCCAGUGACUCCCCCUCCACUCCUGCCACCUCCGUCGCCGCAUCCCCUCCCCCCUUCUCUCCUGCAUCGUGCUCUCCGCUGCCCUCGCCUGUCGUGGCAGCCACCCACAAGUUCCCUGCGCACAGGACAGAGCCCGCGCUUCUUACCUCGUCCUUCCGCGCUCAUGAGAUCCUGCGCGAUGGCCCUGGCCCCGAGCACCCCCACGAAUUCAUCCACCCGUGCGUUCCAGAAGGCAUCUCCUUGAGGAACUUUGGUAUCCAAGUCGUCAGUCUUCUCUUUGCCAUUUUUUCCCUUGUUUCAUCACUUUUCCGAUUAUCGCCUUUGUCUCCUAUCUACGCGACUCUCUCUGAUAUCGUUGUCUACUCUCCUACUGGAUCCUCCCGCGCCGCCUUUGCCCUCGCCGAGAAGCUCAAGUGCGCUGUCGAGGCCAAAGCCACACCCACGGAACAGUUGGAGCUUGGGCCUGUCGCGUACAACGUGUUUGUGCUUCAGGCAACGCUGCCCGAAAUGCGUGCGGCCUUGCCCCACCUACUGAGCCGUGUCACUGAUGCGCCGUGCUCUUGCUCCAUGUCUCGCCCUCAUCCAGCACGCACCAGCGCCAAAUUGAAGCACAUGCUGCUCAAGGCGAACACCAUCAACUUUGCGCAGCGCGAGCGGGAUGAAAUGAGAGAUCUCACCAGAGCGAGCGAGAUUGUCUCUGUCGACCCGUCUUCGAAUCAUGGUUCUCACUCUCCCAUCGCUCGCAAUACCCAUGCGCACACCAACGGGGUUGCCAACGGACGCGCCGACGCCACUGCUCGCACACACCAAGACGAUGGCCCGCGUCCGUGGAUUGCCUCCCUUGGUCAAGUAUUCCUUGGCAACGCGAGUGACGUCCCGCUCCCGCCCUCCGCCUCCCCCUCGUCAUCGACAGACAUGCUCGGUGUCCAGAACUCUGACCUCGCGGACUCGUUCGCGAACGCAGACAACGAUCCCGAGCGCGGACGCGGAUUUGACAUUUGCAUAGAGUGCCACGAUCGCGCGCCUACCCCGACUCCAGAGCAUCUGAGAGCUGCAGAGGCGCAUCUGCGGGCGUUAGAUGACCAAUGGGUCGAGCGUUGCCGUAAGCAAAGGGGGCUAGGACUGGGAGUCAAGGUAGCGCACACCGGUGACGUCGCCAUCGUGGACGGCGAACUGGUGACCCCGCCGCGCCCAGCGCCCAGUGCGCAGUCGGUUGUGCACCUCCCGUUUCCGAGCGCCCCUAUCACCGCGGGUGCAGCGGUCACCGCUUUGGUACCGUUUGUUGAGUUCUUACAGCGCGUUAUCUGCCCGUCAGUUGAAGAGCGGGAUGCAUUAGGACGCUCCGUAGGAGCGAAUAAGGGGAAGAAGGGCAGGUUGACCAGGGGUGCGAAGGUGUUAAUCUACAGCUCGGACGGGUAUACGGAGUCGAGCGUGUUGGCCCUGUGUCUUUUAAUGGCAGUCAAGGGGAUCUCUUUGCCAGAGGCGUACUUGGAGUUACAGGUGGCCAAAAAACGCAGUUUUUUUGUGUACCCGACUGACAUCCACGUCCUCAAACGUGUCGAGCAGCGCCUCGUGGAGGACCACUUUGUUCCCGGUCACGGCCAUGGCUACAGCUUUCCUCCUGUUCCUGGCGACGGUCACGUUGGCGCACGUCUGUUUGCGCAUUCCGCCCACCGCCGGUCUUCUGCCUCCAGUCACGCGACCGGGACUGUGUCUGCUUCUGCGCCUACCUCCGUUCAUACCCUGUCCGCGUCGUACGAGGAACAGCAUACGAGGAGCGGUAGUGGCGGAGGACGGCCCCGCGCCAGCACGAGCCCCCUGCUGCCGUCGCUCGCUGCCGACCACCAGGUCUGGUUCGACGACCCGCGGUUCGACGGGAGCUUUCCAAGCCGCGUGCUCCCGUUCUUGUACCUCGGAAAUCUGAACCAUGCUUCGAAUGCAUAUAUGCUGCACGCUCUAGGUAUUACGCAUGUCGUCUCAGUCGGCGAGUGCGCGUUGGUGCCACCACCCGAGGCUGGGAUGGGUGACAGUGGUUGUCCGAGUACGGGUGGAACGAGUGCUGCCCGACCAACAUUCAUCCCCGGGCAUCACCAAACCCGUUUGCGCAGAGGGUCGCUGUGGACCGAGGAACGCGAGGGGCGCAUAAAGGUGUUGGAUAUCAAGGGAGUAUGUGACGACGGGAUCGACACACUCGAGCCGCAACUGGGUCCAAUUUGCGAAUGGAUUGACCGCGCGCGAAGCGAAGGCGGGAAUGUGCUUGUGCAUUGCCGGGUGGGCGUAUCACGCAGUGCAACGGUUACCAUCGCAUAUGUGAUGAAGUACCUUUCCCUUCCCCUCGUCGACGCCUAUCUCAUCGUGCGCUCACGACGGCUGUCGGUGUUGAUCCAGCCGAACAUGCGCCUGCUGUACAACCUGUGUGGGUGGGAGAUCAAACUCGCCCGUGAACGAGCAGGCGAUGACAGCGAGCGCCUCAAAGCUGAGCUUGCACCUUGUCUCAACUGGCCGUUCCUUGCACGGGAGGUCCAUGCGCUCAACGAGAAGUACUUACAUUGAACUGUCUCUGCGCUCGUGGUGUUUUUUUUUUUUUUGUAUCCGCGACUAUUCCUCUGGGGCUGCAUACAUCGUCAUCCUUCCAUCCAACUCAAACAAUGACGCAAGAGCAUCAUCGGCGUACAUUUUUAAUCUGGCGAGUCGCCGUUCAUUGCCGCCGCCUCUUCGAGCGCUUCGUGCUGUUCCAUAUCUUGUACCUUAGCUUGCAUACACUAUGCGCAUGCCUUCCAUCACUCCAACCCGCCCCAUACAUGCAUCUUCAUUUUCCUUCAUUUUCAUUUUCCCAUCCUCCCUCACCUAUCCCCCCAUCCCUUUCCCAUCGUCUUCCGUUCCAAACUCUACGUCCACCUCCCUCUUCCAUCCCUCCCUCCUCACCUGCCAUAUGUUCCUUCUUCUGCACCCCAACCGCUCUCGCUGUCCAUCGUUUGUUCCAUUUGUGUGCACUAUACAUGUCCUGUCUCAUACGCUGUUCCCGACUUCCCCGUGCCUCCCUGUGUGUAUAUUACGAUCAGUCUUCUCUUGAACGGUUAUGACAUAUGUGCCUUUGUUCUUCGUCC